ACGUUUCGGUCUGACAGAGCGUAGUGGAGAAGAGUGGAGGGCCGGAGUGUGGAGAGAGUUGUUGUCGAAGCAGAGGGAGACGACGGAGCAGGAGCCGAGCAGGGGCGUGUGUGUGUGCAUGUGUGUGUGUGAGAGUGUGUUUGUGAGGUCCCGACAGGAGCACAACACGGCGUGAAUGAGAGAGGCAAGCUGGCGGAUUUCAACAUGGCAUCCGGAGAUACGCUGUACAUUGGGACAGACGGCUCGGAGAUGCCGGCCGAGAUCGUGGAGCUGCACGAGAUAGAGGUGGAGACGAUACCGGUGGAGACCAUCGAGACGACGGUGGUCGGCGGGGACGACGACGACGACGACGGGCAGCCCAUGAUCGCCCUCCAGCCGCUGGUCACGGACGACCCCAGCUCGAUCCACCACCACCAGGAGGUGAUCCUGGUGCAGACGCGGGAGGAGGUGGUCGGCGGGGACGACUCGGACCUGCACACGGACGGCGGCGGGGGGUUCGAGGACCAGAUCCUCAUCCCGGUGCCGGCCCCGGGGGUGGAGGACGAGUACAUCGAGCAGACUCUGGUGACUGUGGCCGGGAAGAGCUCGGUGGGUCGGGUGAAACGAGGAGGCGGCACCGGGGGCAAGAAAGCGGGCAAAAAGAGCUAUUUAAGCGGCGCGGAGGCCGGCGGACGGAAAUGGGAACAGAAGCAGGUGCAGAUAAAGACACUGGAGGGGGAGUUCUCUGUCACGAUGUGGGCAUCGGAUGACAAUAAAGACAUUGACCAUGAGUCGGUGGUGGAGGAGCAGAUCGUCGGGGAGAACUCCCCCCCGGAUUACUCAGAGUACAUGACGGGGAAGAAGCUGCCCCCGGGUGGCAUCCCGGGCAUCGACCUGUCGGACCCCAAACAGCUGGCUGAGUUUGCCAGAAUGAAGCCCAGAAAAAUCAAAGAGGACGACGCCCCGCGGACGAUAGCCUGCCCUCACAAAGGCUGCACAAAGAUGUUCAGGGAUAACUCAGCCAUGAGGAAGCAUCUGCACACCCACGGACCGCGGGUGCACGUCUGCGCCGAGUGCGGCAAGGCCUUUGUGGAGAGCUCCAAACUCAAACGCCACCAACUCGUUCACACGGGAGAGAAACCCUUCCAGUGUACCUUCGAAGGCUGCGGGAAAAGGUUUUCUCUGGACUUCAACCUGCGCACGCACGUGCGGAUCCACACUGGAGACCGACCCUACGUCUGCCCGUUCGACGGCUGCAAUAAAAAAUUCGCCCAGUCCACCAACCUAAAGUCUCACAUUCUCACACACGCCAAAGCCAAAAAUAACCAAUGAGACCCCCCCGACCCACACACCCCACCAACCCCCCUCCAGCUGCAAGAGUCGAACCACCAAUAUGGAAAAAAAGAGAUCGUUCUCGCAGCACACGUGAAACCUCUUUUGAAGUUGGAAUGAAAAGCUUGAGACUUAUUGAUUUAUACAAAAAAAAAAAAAAAAACAAAGAACAAUCCGACAGAUUAAAAGACUUCAAAACAGUGAAAUUCAGCUGGUUUUCCUGAAGCCCCCCCCCCCCCCCCUCUUCUUCUGCUGUCACAUUGGAUGAGGAAUGCAGUGACGACUCCCCAGAGCCCCGGCCCACUCGGUCCCUUUGCCUCUCCAGUGGCACUCAGCCGCCAGAAGAUGGAACCCACGGACAAACAUCAGAGACUUAUUUUUACCAGUGAUCAGAGAAGCAGCGUUCUAUUCGUACUUUUAUUUCCUUGAGUUGCUUUUAUUUCCCUCAAGUGUGCAUAUUGUACACUUGACUCAGGCUACAUAUAGGGAAGUUGUGACCUUUCUUUUUCUUGCAUCACGAGAUCGUACCUAUGAUACAAAAAAAAAAAAAGGCUUCAGCCUCGUUUGAUCUGUUCCACAUGGAUUAGGAGUUUAAAAAAAAAAAAGAAACGGCUGUAUGUUUGCAUUUCCACACUUUCUUUGGUUGUAUUUUUCUCUAACC